GUUGAAUUCAAAGUCAACGUUUUUGCAUGACGUUUCGAAGUAGCCUCUAGCGGAAAUUUUAGCAAGCAACUCCUACUGUCAAAUUAACGACAGCUGAUAAAUAAAGAAAUAGAAGUCAGUGCUCCAGCAACGAGCGGCGAUUUUAUUUAUGGCAAAUAGAAGGAAUUAUUAAAAUAAAAGUCUAGUGUUUGUAGUUAAAAUUAUAAAUUUUAAACUUUUCGUAAUUAAAAGCAUCAGUAAAAAUGUCAAACUUUAUACACAAAGCAUUUCUAUUGACCAGUCGACCGCCUCUCAUCCAAUUUCAACGUUACCGUGCUAAAAUUAAUAUACAACGUCCACGACAGCCGCAUUAUGACCGUGCAUUGGUGCUUGCCGUAACGAAAGAAAUUGUUGAAAAGGAACCAAAAACAAAAAAUUGUUUUGUUAAAAUUAAAAAUACCGACAUAGAAAAUCCAUAUUUGAAAAUAAUUGCACGGGAAGUACGCAACUGGUUUGAACAAUCACGUAUGGUUGGCAUAUUCCACAUGAAUUCCAUGACUGAGGAUGAUAUGUUUGAUGUGCGCGUAAAUUUACAUAAACAAAAUAUGGUUGUGAAAAUGUAUGGUAGACAAAUUAUGGCAGAAGCGCUCACUGAUACAAAAUAUGAAUCGUUGUUGCCAUUAUUCAAUGUGUCUUAUAGAUUGGUAUUCUCACCGGAGGAUCGUGCAAAACAACUUAUACGUACAGUGCGGAAAGUGCCCCAGAUGAUGCUGUUAGGUGGAAUUGUAAACAAUGUUUUGCUGAGUCGGAAUGAAUUCAUGGAUUAUGCACAACAUCCUGGUUUGCAAUCCGCGCAAGCCGAACUGGUACAAACACUCAAUAUGUCAGCCGGUAAUCUAGUGCAACAGUUGGAACAGCAUCAGAAUAGCUUUGUAAAUAUACUUGAUGUCUAUGCAAAAGAGGAAAGUCAAAUUGAAACGAAAGCAGAUAGUCCCGAGAAGAAAUAGAAGUAAUUAUAUUACGAACGAAUAUAAUUUUUUUUUAAUUUGUUAGAGUUGUUAUAUUAAUAUCGAAACAAAUUAUUAUAAUUUAAAUUGAGCAUUAUUUUCGGAAUUGUUCACGAUUUUGCUACUGUAUAGAUUAUUACUUAAUGUUAUUUAAUUACGAAACAUCGUCGAUAUUUAGUUUCGAUUAUUUCAAAAAUAAAUCUAUCGUACGAAAUAUGUAUGUACUUAAUUAUCUGAACGCAUAUCGGUUUUAUUACAACUUAUCCGUCUGGCUGUCCGUUUAAAUACAUAUCUUCAUCUUAUUAUGCGGUAUAAAUCUAAAACCGAUUUUUUGUAUUAAAUAAA